CCGAUAGAAUCGUUCGGUAAAGCGAUCUUGAAUUCACGUCGGGUCCCUGAGCCAAAGUGAUCCCUGAUUCUCUUCUUUUUUCUUCUCUCAUAAAUUUUAUGUCCCCCUUCCCCUGAGGGCUGGGUAAUCGAAUCUCUCGCGCGAAUCCGAGCGAUGCUCCCCGAGAGUGAACGUCGGAAAGGUGAAACCGUCUCUCUCUCUUUCUCUCUCUCUCCCAAUGGGGCUCGUUCGAUGCUUCAUCGGGAUCGAUGCGGGGAAGCAAUCUCGGAACGGCGUAAUUGUCCCGUUUGCCAACUUAAGGGUGGGUUAAAUAAGCGAGAGAAUGGUACAAUCAUGAUUCAAGCUGGAAACGACCCUGAGGAGUGUUCCGCAGCUUGGAUGUCCUGUAUACACUGUAUACAACGGUGACACAGCUGCACACACGUAGAUUACAGCCAUGGAUAUACAGAAGAAAUACCUGUGCCCCCGAUUGGUGGAUUACCUCGCCAUCGUGGGGGCCAGGAUGCCCGCUGCCUCUCGUCAGCCCGUACAGGUCCCGGAGUUGCUACGCAGAUAUCCGGUGGAGGAUCACAAGGAUUUUCCUCUGCCUUUGGAUAUGGUGUAUUUCUGCCAACCGGAAGGUUGCAAUAGCGUGGGACCGAAGCGCACGGCCUUACGAGAGGCGACGUCCUUCACCUUCACCCUCACCGACAAGGAUUCAGGAAGAACGCGUUACGGGAUCUGCGUGAAUUUCUAUCGACCUACGGAGAGAGCGGGGGUUGUGGCUGGCGCGGGGAUUUCGCUCAAGAGGGAAAAGUACAACACCACGUUUCGCAGGGAAAGCUGGAGGAAGAGCAUGGAGAGAAGCACGGAUUCCGCUUUUUCUAGCGACUAUAGGAGCAGUGCGGUGGGUCCUAGUGACUCUGAGAAAGAUUGCUCUAGUAGCAGGAGAGAUUCGGACACCCCGCAGGUACCCCACGCUCCGAGACUAGAAUUCAUCGCACCGAGCGGAGACAGCGAGAGCGGCGGUAGCCAUUCCCCUUCACCACGUGCGUCUCGAAGACGACAGAGGGUUCGCAAUCACUCCUUGACUUCGUUAUGCAUCAUAUCACACCAUCCGUUCUUCACGAUGUUCCGGGAAUGUCUUUUUGUUCUGAAGAAGAUUAUCGACGCGUGCAACGAGAGCUUCUCGCCGCAAAAAGUGGGAGCAUCUCGGCAGACCAACAGAGAUACAGUAUGGAGCGUUUUGACGGGCCAGGCUUUGGGCGAUACACCGUCCAUUGUGCUUCACGAUGUUCGCGAGAUUGAGACGUGGAUAUUGCGUUUGCUCAGCAGCCCCGUACCCGUCCCGACAAAGACACGAGUUGAAAUUGAAAUAAUAUCGUCGAGCAUGCAACCCCCGCUGUGCUUUGCCCUGCCGGAUCACACCAGGUUCUCCCUGGUCGAUUUCCCUUUGCAUCUGCCGUUGGAACUCCUCGGUGUCGACAUAUGUCUAAAAGUUCUCACAUUGAUCCUCCUGGAAAACAAGAUCGUACUUCAGUCUCGGGAUUACAACGCUCUGUCUAUGUCUGUCAUGGCAUUCGUCACGAUGAUCUAUCCACUGGAGUACAUGUUUCCUGCGAUACCCUUGCUUCCGACGUGCAUGAGCUGCGCGGAACAAUUGCUGCUCGCCCCAACGCCCUUCGUGAUCGGGAUACCCGCGUCCUUCCUAUUAUAUAAGAAGAACUUCAAGAUGCCUGAUGAUAUCUGGCUAGUGGAUUUGGAUAGCAAUAAGAUAACGGCGCCGAGCGCUUUGUACGAUGACAGUUUGCCACCGUUGCCAGAACCGGAGGGCACCAUUUUGAAGAAUCAUUUGAAGCAGGCAAUGCAACUGAUGGAUCAAGUUGGCUCUAGUGCGAUGGCCAGUAUGACAGGCCCCCCAUUGCCCUCGCAAGACAUCUCGUUGCGUCUGUCAUUUCAGACGCCGAACAGAAAAGAAAGCUCGGUUUCCCAUCACUCUAGCUUAAGUGUAGCUUCAACAAAGCACAGGCCGAGCAUCGAUCAGUGCGCGCACGUUCAACACACACCCCCGUUGAAUUCGCCUGGCAUGAGCUCGUCAUCGAGUCCACCUCGUCGGCCGUCGAUAACGCAAAUGAUCGGUGGGUCCGGACAGGCCGGCCAGCCGAAGGUGUCCGGGCAGGGCCCGGCGCCCUUCAAUCCCUUUAUCUACGGGAACGACGUGGAUUCGGUGGACAUUGCCACGCGAGUCGCAAUGGUGCGGUUCUUCAACUCGCAGAACCUGCUGGCCAACUUCACCGAGCACACGCGCACCCUGCGGCUGUAUCCUCGGCCAGUGGUGGCUUUUCAGAUCAACUCGUUCCUCCGCUCGCGACCUAGGAAAAGCAGUUUCCUCAAUAAAUUUGCGCGCACGCAGGCGGUCGAGUUCCUAGCUGAGUGGUCCCUCACGCCGAGCAACGUGGCCUUCCUUCGGGUGCAGACUGGGGUGUUCGAUCCCGCGCAAAUCGGCGACAAGUCGCGCUGGUACGCGACCAAUCUCGAGCCGAUCUACUUUCCCGUCUGGGACUCCAGUAGCUCGUUGGCGAACGCCCUGAAGGCGAUGAAGGAACACGAGACUCAGCCCACGGACGAGAGCGGCUCCGACUCCGAAGGCGCCGAGAGCACCAGCUCGUCCUACUCUUCCUUGAGCGAUUUCGUCUCCGAGAUGGCGUCGUCCGAUCUGUCACCAGGUUACAAUUGCCCGCAAGUGAGCCAGCCCCAACAAAUGUCGCUCUCGGUGGACCCAAAAAACGUCUACAAUCCACCAAGUUCUCUGCAAUAUCCAGGUGUCGAGGAGGGCUCACCGGUACGACCCGAGAGCCCGCCGAGCACGUCUUCUAGUCAUAGCGAUCUCAGUAGUCCGAGUUUCAACAGGGACUCCGAACUCGAGUUAAAUCCGAAAAUUCAGGAGGGUUCGCAGUCCACUAAUGAUAAAGAGGAGGGUGGUAGCUUUGAGUCAGACUCCGCGUCUACAAUAACACCGCGCACUAUCCUGAGCGCACAAAGUUCGGUAGGACAGUUCACAGGGAUAAGCAUGGGAUCUUUAGGCACUCAAUCUUCGCUCAACGACACUGAACGUCCUACCACACCUCACAGGACCUCGCGUAUCAGUAGAUAUGUCACUCCUGUACCACCUACGGGACCGGGUCUGCAGCGUCAGCCGAGUGUCGGCAACGUCCUGGCGAGGGCCUCCAGCUUCAACACCGCCGGACCUCUUCUGCCGCGACAGGUAAGCGCGGUCACCCCAUCCGACCACCAUCAUCACGAGUUACAGCUUCAGCGUCAGGCAUCAGCAGGACCGACAAUCACGCAGAAACCUAGCAACGAGAGCACUAUUCAACGGCAGAACAGCGGCGGAAGUGGCGGCAGCGGCACCACCGCUACGGGAAACGGUGUUCUGCGACAAGGCUCACAGGGCUCUCUGUUCGAACAGAUUGCUAGCCAGGCGAAGGACUUGAUGCGCGAGACCACCAGACAGAGCAGCCAGGAUGGGAUACUCGCGCACAUGGACAAGCUGAAACAUCAGGCAAAAGAAAAAAUUACGGAGGCAGGUGAAGACAGCCUAUUCGCGCCACUGGAGCAAUUGACGCAACAAACGAAGAAAGCAAUGGGCGAGGCCAGUAAGUCGGUGCAGGAGGCGUCGAAGACCGCGCUGGAGGCGAGCAAAACCGCGGCGGGUGUCAGUAAAAACACACUAGACGAUCUGACGUACGUCGGUAAGAGCACGUUGGGAGACUUGACGAAAAGUGCCAAAGAAGCCGCUGCGAAGAAGGGUUUGCUCAAGGGUCUGGGAGAGUCGCAACAAUCGCCAGUACACUCGCCGCAAUCUCCGAAUACGCAGCAGCGGAAGGAUUCGGUCAGCAAUCAGUUAGUCGCGUCUGAUACGCGGGGUGGAGUCGGACGAGACUUUUUCAGCAAUAUCAGCAGCGAUCUGAACGGCUUCGCCGCGCAGACCAGCAGCAUGUUUAGUGAUUUAUUCGGUAGUAAAAAUAAUUCCAAUCGAGGCAGUAGCUUCUUCCCGCAGAAUCAGAAAUCGAAAGAGAAGAGCAAUCCAAUUCUCGGACCAUUUCCCAAGGGUUUAUCAAUAGUUUCAGGAAAAACGGGAUUGGUAGAACGUUCCUCGUUGAUAAAACAUUCUACACAUAAAGUUAAUCAAGAGGAUGCGCAGAGAAUGCAAAACGCGGAACGUUCCAGCACAAAUAGCGACAAUCAAGCCUUUUUAAAUGAUGUAAUAACGCAAGUAUUGGCUGGCGAAGGCGUUGGUUGGCUCAAAUUGAACAGAUUGAAGAAAUUGAUGGAGGACGAGAAUUAUCGGGAUUUGGUCGUGACUAAGUUGAACAAAAGUCUUAAUAGGAAGAUUAGUCCAAACGAUCAUAUAGACGAUGUGGCCAUAUCGAAACCCGUAUAUAAGGGAAUGUUAAAGUGCCUUCAAGCAGUAACGCACGGUCUCACACAUACAUAUAAUAAUUUUGGACUAGGCGGGAUGGCUUCUGUCUUCCAAUUGAUGGAAAUCGCUCAUACGCAUUACUGGAGCAAGGACCUGUCCGAAGGUAGCGGCUUCGACAGCUCUUUGAUGUCGCAGGCAUCUAGUCCAUUCGGUAGCAGAGAAAAUUUAAAAUCCCCUCUAUCCCCGAAUCAGCCUGACUUUAUGGAUACCCCGCAAAAAUCAGAUGUGCCGCAAGUGCAUUUGGAUGUGCCGUCUGCGGGGGACACGAGCCAAUCAACGACGGACAUGUUCCUGGAUAUGUUCACGAAGAAAGGGAAAUUUCUAAGCAGGCUCACCUCGUUCGAUUCGGAGAGUGGGCGGGGUGGUGGAACGGGGAGCAGCGAAGCUUUAUCCACCGACGGAGGUAGCAUUAUCACUAAUCCUGCUUUUCGGCAAGCGCACCAAGCUUCCUUCCGAAGCACCGUGUCUGAUAGCGAGGUCGAGCAAGGCAAUUUUCCUCGGCAGGGCAAGCAGCGUUCCGGUAGCGUCUGGUCCAGCAAAUCGUCCUUGAGCACCGGAUUUCGAUAUCACGGAGGAAGUCUGAUACCGACCACGGCGCUACCGAGUCCGGAAACUGCGAGAACAUAUCUCUUUGAAGGUCUACUGGGGAAGGAAAGAUCGUCCCUGUGGGACGAAAUGCAGUUCUGGGAAGACGCCUUUUUGGACGCUGUCUCGCAGGAACGAGACAUGAUGGGCAUGGAUCAAGGACCCGGAGAAAUGGUAGAGAGAUACAAGAGCUUAAGCGAAAGCGAAAGACGACGGUUGGAGCACGAGGAGGACAGACUGCUGUGCACUUUGCUGCACAACCUCACCGCCGUCCUGGUGAUGCUGAACGUCGAAAAGAAUGAGCUGAAGCGGAAGGUGCGUAGACUGCUGGGCAAGAGUCACAUCGGCCUCAUCUACAGCCAAGAGCUGAAUCUACUCCUCGACCAAAUAAAUAAUCUCCACGGAAACGACAUCGACCUGAAGCCCCUGACGUCCCGUCAAAUGCACCGGCAGUCGUUCACCGUGCACUCCGGAGUCGACGCCGAGGGUGACCUGCGGUUCCUCGAGGUCCGUCACGACGGCCUCGUACUGAGAUCAGUGAACGGCGUGAUAGUCGAACGCUGGUGGUACGAGCGCGUGGUCAACAUGACCUACAGCCCGAAGAACAAGGUCUUAUGCCUGUGGAGGAGGAGCGGCGGCGAUACCGAGUUGCACAAGUAUUACACGAAGAAGUGUAAGGACGUGUAUUACUGCAUCAAGGACGCCAUGGAGAAGGCGGCAGCCCGCGGGCGAGGCGCGAACGUGGGCUACGAGCUCGGCGGCGAAUUCCCGGUGCAAGAUAUGCGAACGGGCGAGGGCGGGCUUCUGCAGGUCUGCAUGGAGGGUGUCGGUCUCCUCUUCGCGAACAGCAAGGAUUUCGAGUUUUUUGUAAGACUCGAUCAUAUCCGCAAGUGCUUUACUCAAAAGGAUGGAAUCUUUGUUUUGGAAGAAUUCAAUCCUAAAACUAGACAAGUAAUUCAACGUAAAUAUAAGUCGCAAAUGGCGUCUGAUAUCUGCUACGCUGUCCUCUGCGUAUUUUCUUACAUAGCAGCUGGCUCCGAACAACGAAAACAACAGAGGCAGCAGCAACCGCAGCAGCAGCAGCCGGCACAACCGCAGCAGCAGCAGCAACCGCAGCAGCAGCAGCCGGCACAGCCGCAGCAGCAGCAGCAGCCGGUACAGCCGCAGCAGCCGCCGCCGCAGCAGCCGGUACAGCCGCAGCAGCCGCCGCCGCAGCAGCAGCAGCAGCAGCAGCAGCCAUCACAGCCGCAGCAGCAGCAGCAACCGCAGCAGCAGCAGCAUCAACCGCGGCCGCAACAGCAGCAACCGCAGCAACGGCAAUCGCAAUCGCAACACACCCCGCAUCUGCAAACACGACGCCAGCACCAACUACAGCAGCAACAGCAACAGCUAGAAAUGCAACAGCAGUUGCUACAGCAGCAGCAACAAAACUAUCAAACCCGAUAUCAGCAAAACAAACAAGAGCACAAUCACAACCAAGCAAUGUAACAUCGCAGAUGCACAGAAAUACGCAAUUGGACUCCUAUCCUCAACAUCCUCAACACAGGCAACGACACUCACAUCCCUUCGUUAGCAUCCACGACAAGAAAAUAGUUGCGCCCCUUCCACCUGCCUAUCCUGGAUAUAAAUGUGCUAUCUUUUUUCCAAAAGUAAUAUUUUAUUUUAAGAUUCAUAAGUCAUAGGCAAGAUAAUGGUUCCGUUUUUCGUUUCGAUUUCUCUCUCUCUCUCUCUCUCUCUCUUUUCAGAUUUGCUAACGUUCUUUCCUCUUCCGGGAAUGAAAUCAUUGCGAAAAAAAAGUCGUAAUAAUUAAACAUAUGAAAAGAAAAAAAAUUGAUAUCUAUCCUUAGGUUAAUUCAUUAAUAUCGGACUUUGCGGCGCAAAUUUGUAUUAUGUAUAGUCCUGCGUCGAUGUGAUAGCUGUGGUAUUCUUACAUUCGUCCGUAUAUGUGGGUACACACGUGUACGCGUCACUUAAAGCAAUUAAAUACAAUAAUUACUUGUAAUUGGCGGUAAUUUUAUAUACGAUCAUGACACGGGAAGAAAGAGAGAUUGUGAUCGUCCGCGAUUUGGAAGAGUAAAAGAUUUAUUUUGGCUCGUGUAUAGUCGGAGUAACGUGAUCGACGAGCGCUAAAUUGCGAGAUUCUCGCUAACUUUUAAUUAUCGGUGUCAUCUUUUACUCCUAUCAUCUUUCAACAUUCUCGAUCCUCUCUCGCGACGAAACAAUGAAGCGUAGAUAACGACGGGUAGCUCUCUAUUUGUUUGCUGUCUCUCUUUUCGUUACUCGCUUGCAAUCGAGUCUAAUCAAAUUGAUUUCUACCCGUUUACAUACAGCGUGUACGUGAAAUGUUAGCGAAAACUGUCGUGUAUAGGAUGCAUAGAAAAAUGUGUUAUCUCGAUGUCUCAAGUAAAUAUUAUACAGUCAUUAUUUUGUACGGUUCCACAAAUGCGGAAAAAGAAAGAUCUCUCGAUAGCUCGUAGAGCGCUCGUUAGGGUACAUGUAAUGUCCCGAAAAAAAAAAAGAAGAAAUAGACAUUGUAUAUAAUAUAAUGUAACUGUACAAUAUUAAAGAAACACUCAAGACGGCAUCUCUGAAGCGCUGUGAAAAUUUGCAUUCUCUGCGUUUUCCUGCGAGAUUUAAUUUAGGCGCGUGUUAUUAUUAUAGUAAAUUUAGUUAAGCGCGCGGAGAGACGAGAAACACAACGAGAUCGCAGUAGAAACCGGACAAUCGGAAUCAGUACUUAUGCGCGAAGUAAUUAUGCCGCUCACGGAAAAAAUUGUACUUUCGUUGUAUUCUCUCUUGCCGCAUGUGUCUCUCGAUAUCCAUCACGUUAAGAUACGCGUCGCGCAAAGUAGAUGAACAACAAUGACCAGCUUAGGGAAGAAGGUGUAAACUCCUAGUCGCGAAGUCAACGUGAGAAGCAAACGUAGCGUUACGUGUCUCUACACGAGAAGAAAUGAUAUAUUUUCUUGCAACGUAUAACAGGCGUAUAGAUAUUUGUAAAAAGGGGAUAGGAUUUGUAAAUAUAACAAUUGGCGGUGUAGUAAGCGGCACGAGGGAGCAAAGGCGUAAACACCCCUUUUCAUUUCUCGUCUUUUUAAUACGACUAUACAUGUUAGAGCUCGUUCGUCGAUUGAGUUAGAGAGAGGUGUGCGUUUUUUAAGAAUGAAAGAAAGAGGGAAGACACGGUUCUCUUCUAAACAUCAUAAAAAGAAAAUUAAGAAGACAUACACUCGAUUCUUUGUACCAAGUUUGUCUGCCUAGAUGUUCCGAUGUUUAGAAGUUUGACACACCGAUCAUUAUCAUUUCGAGAUAUAUCACGGUUAUGCGAUGAAGGAAACUUUAGACCUCUAGGAGAGAAAUUAAUACCUCGCAUUGUAUAGUACUCAUCCAUGUAGACGCCUUACGCCCAAAAUAUACUUGUAGCCAAAUCGGAA